UCGCUCCCGCCGUUCGGGCGCCGUCGCGGUUCUCAGACAGAUUUAAUCGCAAAUGCGCUUUGCUUCAAGCCGUCCUGGGCCAGGAAGCGAGAGAAAACCAGAGAACGCCCUAACACUGGAGCGGCGCCGCCGCGGGGCACCAUGGGAGCUGUAGUUCUUCUCGCUGCUGCGCUUUACGUCAGGGACCGGCCCAGGAGAGAGGAAGCAGCGCUAUGCCUUGGUGCCGUGGGACCUGUCACAGUUACCUGUGAUGAACUUUCAAGCCAGGCUUCUUGCUAGCUGUGGGGUCAGGAUGCUGCCUCAGCCUUGGCGCAGCUUUUCACGGGCUGCGGAGGGUCCAGCAGUGCAGAGGAUCCGGAAGGUCCUGUGUGUAGCUGAGAAGAAUGAUGCUGCCCGAGGAAUUGCAGAUCUGCUCUCCAACAGCAGAAUGCGGCGGAGAGAAGGGUUUUCCAAGUUCAACAAGAUCUACGAAUACGACUACCAGAUGUUUGGCCAGAACGUUACUGUGGUGAUGACAUCCGUGUCAGGACACUUGCUGGCUCAUGAUUUCAAGCUGCCGUUUCGCAAAUGGCAUAGCUGUAACCCUCUAGCUCUCUUUGAUGCUGAAAUCGAGAAAUAUUGUCCUGAGAAUUAUGUGGAUAUUAAGAGAACCCUGGAACGAGAGGUGCAGCAGUGCCAGGCUCUGGUCAUCUGGACCGACUGCGAUCGAGAAGGAGAGAACAUCGGCUUUGAGAUCAUUCAUGUUUGCAAAGCUGUAAAGCCAAACCUCCAGGUGUUCCGAGCACGUUUUUCAGAGAUCACACUUCAUGCUGUCAGAAGGGCCUGUGAGAAUCUCACCCAACCAGAUCAGAAAACCAGUGAUGCUGUUGAAGUCAGGCAGGAACUGGACCUCAGGAUAGGUGCUGCUUUCACCAGAUUCCAGACCCUGAGGCUCCGGAAGAUCUUCCCUGACAUUUUGGCAGACCAGCUGAUCAGCUAUGGCAGUUGCCAGUUCCCAACUCUGGGGUUCGUAGUUGAGCGCUUCAAAGCCAUCCAGGCCUUUGUCCCUGAAGCCUUCUAUAAAAUCAAAGUGACACACGAUCAUGAAGAGGGCAAUGUGGUCUUCAACUGGAAGAGGAACCGGCUCUUUAAUCACACAGCGUGCCUGGUCCUUUACCACAUGUGUAUGGAGGAUCCUGUUGCCACUGUUGUUGAGGUUGGAAGCAAGCCAAAGAGCAAAUGGAGGCCCCUGCCCUUGGACACAGUGGAACUUGAGAAGUUGGCUUCCCGCAAACUGAAAAUAAAUGCAAAGGAAACCAUGAGAAUAGCAGAAAAACUCUAUACUCAAGGGUUCAUUAGCUAUCCCCGAACAGAGACCAACAUUUUCCCCAAGGAGCUGAACCUCUCUGCCUUAGUACAGCAUCAAACACAGGACCCCAGCUGGGGAGCAUUUGCACAGAGGAUCUUGGAUCAGGGUGGGCCAACUCCUCGGAAUGGAACCAAAUCAGAUCAGGCUCACCCUCCCAUUCAUCCCACAAAAUACACUGCUAACCUGCAGGGCAAUGAACAGAGACUAUAUGAAUUCAUCGUGCGCCAUUUUUUGGCUUGCUGCUCUCAAGAUGCCAAGGGACAAGAAACAACUGUGGAGAUUGACAUUGCUAACGAGCGAUUCAUUGCUCAAGGACUUAUGAUCCUGGCCCGAAAUUAUCUGGAAGUUUAUCCUUAUGAGAAGUGGAGUGACAAGGUUAUCCCACUGUAUCAGAAAGGGUCUCGCUUUCAGCCCACUACAGUGGAGAUGGUGGAUGGGGAAACCAGCCCUCCAUUGCUCCUCACGGAAGCGGAUCUCAUUGCACUCAUGGAGAAACAUGGCAUUGGGACUGAUGCCACUCAUGCAGAGCACAUUGAGACAAUUAAGACACGGAUGUAUGUGGGGCUCACAGCAGAUCAGAGGUUCCUCCCAGGCCACCUGGGCAUGGGGCUGGUUGAAGGCUACGAUUCCAUGGGCUAUGAGAUGUCCAAGCCUGACCUUCGAGCCGAGCUGGAGGCUGAUCUGAAGCUGAUCUGCGAGGGAAAGAAAGACAAAUCUCUAGUGUUGCAACAGCAAGUCCAAAAGUAUAAACAAGUCUUCAUUGAGGCUGUGGCCAGAGCCAACAAGCUGGACCAGGCCCUGGCUCAGUAUUUCGGAGAAGCCACAGAAAUUGCAGAGCAAGAGGAAGUCUACCCAGCAAUGCCUGUUUCCAUUCGGAAGUGUCCCCAGUGCAACAAUGACAUGGUCCUGAAGACCAAGAAGAAUGGCGGGUUCUAUCUCAGCUGCAUGGGAUAUCCAGCUUGUAAAACUGCUGUCUGGUUUCCUGAUUUUGUGCUGGAUGUGGCCAAGGACGAGAGCAUCUGUGCUGUGUGUAAACCACAUCCAGUUCACAGACUGAAGUUUAAAUUUAAGAGAGGCAGUGUUCCACCCACGAUGCCCCUGGAGUUUGUCGGCUGCAUUGGAGGAUGCGAUGAGAUGCUGAAAGAGCUUCUGGACCUGAGGUACUCAAACAGAUCAUCCCAAUCCGGACAGUCAGCCAGCCAGCAGGCCAACCAGUUGCAGGUGAACAACUCCUUUAACAGAGCAAACAGUGACAAGAGGCAUGUAGGAGGUACCACAAACAUGGCAACAGGACAUCUGCUUUACUUGAGUUCCACAAGAGCACCCAGGCCUGCUCCUUCAGCUGCUCCAGAUGAUGGCAGUAACGCAGUGGUGUGCAACUGUGGGAACGAAGCCAUGCUGUUAACUGUGCGCAAAGAAGGGCCCAAUCAAGGCAGACAGUUCUACAAAUGCAGUGCCAAUACCUGCAACUUUUUCCUCUGGUCUGAUCAACAGUCAGAGGACAGAAGCAAUGUGGCUCCGCGGGGCUCUGCACCACCCCAAGCCUUUGGGGCAAGGGGCCCUGCAAAUUCUCAGAGACCAGGAGGAAAGAGAGGCCCAGAACACUUUGGAAGCAGCAACAACUCCAGUUCAGGAGGCAGCACAGUCUGCAGGUGUGAGCAGCCAGCUGUCACACGCACGGUCCAAAAAGAUGGCCCUAACAAAGGGCGGCAGUUCCACACGUGCUCCAAACCCAGAGAGCAGCAGUGCGGCUUCUUCCAGUGGGCUGAUGAAAGCGUGGCUCCAGGAGCUUCUGGAGAUUUCUCUUUUAACCACUUUGGGAGCAGUGGAUACUCAAGGGAGUUGGGAAGUAAAGCUAAGAGACCAAGCAAUCUCUCCCAAGGAGCAACAGCCAAGAAACCACGGACCUGUAGCAUUUGCCACCAGCCUGGCCACACUAAGAAAACUUGUCCUCUAGAUCACUGAGCCUGGAUGGACGUGGUUUGGGAUUCAGAAAGGUCCAGGCUGUGAGCUGCUUUAGGAGCAGCUACUGCUGAAAGGAUCUGGAACACAGAAACAAGUCUGUGUGGGUGCUUUCGGGAGGGCUGGCUGCUCCUGCUAAGGGGUACCUUCCUCAUUCAUGCAUUAUGAGCAUGGGCAGCAAGGGUUCAAACAGCUGUGAGAACUGGCUCCGCUACUGGUGUCAGCCUUUGCUUUACAACUGCUCUUGUGCUGAGCAAUCAAAAUACUCUAAACAUUUCAAGGAAGUAGUUGGAAACUGUGGGUCUGCAGUGAAAACAGCAGUGGAUUUAGUCCACCUGCAGCUCCUGCUGUGGUAGCAGUUGUAUGCAGCAUUUCUGCACGAGGAAGAGCUGGAUCAUAGCCACUGGGACAGACCCUAGGGCUGCUCUACUCUUCUAUCUCCCUGGUUUUCCACAGUGUGGAAUUUUAAGUUGCCCUUCUAUGUGAAGUUGCCACAGCAACAUUCCCCUUUCUUUUUUGUCUCUUACCUUGUCUGUGAUGGAACCUGGUGCAGAGAAGAUGGAGCUGGAGCUUGCCCUGAAAGGAAAGCUCAGCUGCAGUGCUCGGGAAAUGCCUUCAUUUUAGACUGUUCCUGAAUUUGAAACUGCAUUCUUGCCCAGACCUCAAGACGUGCCUUUGUGAUGCUGCUAGUUAAUGGAAGUUAUUUUUGUCUGAGUAAUAAGCUUCGUAUUAAAAAAUUAUUUAAUUUUUAAAUUUGAUGCAGUGCCAUCUCGACUGUCUGAUUAUUUCAUCCUAUUUAAAAUAGUUGAGCUAUUAUUAAAAGCAUCCACACAAAUCUUUCCAUUCAGUUGUUGGAACAAUACAGAAGCUUUCUUGGCAGAAACUCCCUGCAGCUUUUCUUUGAGCUGUGGGUAAAACAGUUUUAUCUCACCAGCUGCAUUUGUUGUAGUGUUGUUGUCCAGGGAAAGACAAUUGGCUGAGCCUGAAGGGAGUUUCUUGUUUCCUGCACAUAGUUUAGACUGAGCUCCUUGAGAAAAAGCCAACCUACCUCCUCCCUCUGUUUGGGCUUUCUCUACAUCAAAGCAAGUAGCUCCACAAAACUCCCUUGUCCUCUUCUGGCACAGGACAGUACUCAGCUGCUCCCCCAGGGCCUCCAGCGUUGCUCAGGACACUGGCAGUCCCCAUGGGUCAGCACUAAGGUGAUACAUGAGCGGAGUGGGCAGGAGGCUGAAGCACUGCCUAGGGGGCAGCUCAAAGAGGGGGAGACCACAGCAGCAUAGGUUCAUUUUCAGCUCUGCACAAGAAAGAAGAGCUUUCGAGUUUACAGAAGUUCACUGCUCUCAGGCCCAGACCUAUGGAGAGCCUGCAAGACCUCAAGAGAGCCCGCGUUGCAUUUCUCUGUACCCCUCACUCCCACUAUUAACAGCUGUAACCUAAAAAUACAAACCUGACGUCUAAAAUAACAGGAUUAGCAGGCUUCGUAAUGCAGUGAGCUGGCUAAAGCAUGGCUAGAGCUGGGCAGCCUCCAAAUGGCAACGGCAGCAGAAAGCAUCUGCAUAGCACACAGGUUUAGCAUUGCUGAUGGCAUUUGCCGUUACCAGCUUUACUGGUUUAACCCUGGUUAGCAUUCAGGCAGCUGAGCAGUUAGGGCUGCAAGCUGAACAGCAAGAGCUCAGCAUCCAGACGGCACUGGAUGCUUCUGCAGGCAGCAGGAGCACUGGGUGCUUUAUGUGGCCGUCUGGAAGAGGAAGAGCAAAGCCGUGCACCAUGAGGU